AUGAAGAAGGAAAGGAAAAAAAAUUACACAAAACGAAAUUUAUUUGGGAAUGUUUAUCAUUAUCAAUGUUGUGAAUGGAGGAAUUGGGAACAGGAACUGACAAAAGCUCGUAAAAGAAACCAGAAACCACGACUACGAAAUGCAAUACUACGAACAUUCUGGAAAAGUUGCAUUGUGGAUGGGUUUCUCGUUUUGAUAUUCACGCUUUUAAAAUCUAUCAUGCCAGUAUUUUUGGCACAACUGUUAGUUCAAUUCCAAUUGCCAGCGAAAAUUGACAAUACCACAAUAGCAGACAAUUUUGACGCAAGCAAAUUACCAUCAAUAACAUCUGAUGAGAUUACCACAAAGCAAACCAUUAUGACGAUAUCUAAUGAUGAUGACGCCAAUAUUUUCGAGGGAAUUUUCCGAUACAUGAUGUUCGUUUGGUAA